UCAAUCAGGCCACUUCUGCAAUGGGCGAAAAAUUAAAAGAAGACAGAAUCAAAAGCCUGGAAAACGAAGUUUCGGCACUGCAAAAGGAAAUUAAAGCCUUAAAAGCCGAACUGGAUUUACAUUGGGAAACUGAUUUAAAAAAGCAGCAAGAAAUCCAAGAACUUCAAAAAAAACAGCAUCAGGAAGUAAUGAAAAAACAAGAAGAGGGUUUUUAUCGACAGAAAAUGAUGGGAUUGCUAGCCUUUGCUGGUAUUCUGAUUACUGUUAUUGGUGCCUUUAUAGCAGUGAUUAAAAAACUCAAAGAGGCUAAAAAAGAAAUCAGAGAAUUAUUGAAAAAAUAA